AUGAUAAAACUAUUUUGCAAUCAAAUCAUUAAAUCUCAGACUAAGGAAUUUUUGGAUAGAUAAUUUGUGAUAGUAAAAGAACUUGCAAGUGAUUCUAAUGGAGCUAUCUAUGAGGCAAAAGCAUAAUCAUCUUCUUAUUGUUCUAAUGUUGCCAUUAAAUUAUCAUACAACAUCAAAUAACAAGAAGAAAAUUAUAUUGAUUGGCUAAUUUAAUAAUAAGCAAAUAAUACUUAAUUGAUAAGAUUCUAUGAGAAAAUUGAACAAAAAUAAUAUAAACUUACGAUUAUGGAACUAGGUGGUUGUAACUUAAAUGAAUAUUUAAAGUCAAAUUAAAAGUCAAAUUCUGACAAGUUUAAGAUUUUUAUCUAAACAUUAAAAGCCAUUAAAUUUUUAAAUGAGUAAUGA